UUUUUUAAAAAAUCCUCUCAAAACAAAAACAAACAUCUCUCAUAGUAAACAAACAUAUAUUAUGGUUUAAGCGAAGGCGGAAGUACGCAAGACUGAACCCUCUCGCUCGGCAGACAGCGUCUCGAGGACAAGACGAAGGACCUUCCGUCGCGAGCUGAGCCGAGCAGCGCUGCGUGCACUCACGAGGGAGCCCCGUCCUCGCCUACGCGCGGCGAUUGGCUGGAAGAUGGCGCUAGCCGAAUGGAAAUCCUAAUGACAGUCUCUAAAUUUGCCUCUUUUUGUACCAUGGGCGCCAAUGCCUCUGCUCUGGAGAAAGAGAUUGGCUCUGAGCAGUUUCCCGUCAAUGAGCACUAUUUCGGCCUGGUUAAUUUCGGGAACACCUGCUACUGCAAUUCGGUGCUGCAGGCUCUGUACUUCUGUCGACCGUUCCGGGAGAAGAUCUUGGCGUACCGCAGUCAGCCACGUCGGAAGGAGAACCUCCUCACCUGCCUGGCUGACCUCUUCCACAGUAUUGCCAACCAGAAGAGGAAAGUGGGCGUCAUACCGCCCAAGAAGUUUAUCACACGACUACGCAAAGAGAAUGAGCUGUUUGACAACUACAUGCAGCAGGAUGCUCACGAGUUCCUGAACUACCUGCUCAACACCAUCGCUGAUCUGCUGCAGGAGGAGAGGAAGCAGGACAAGACCAACGGCCGCCUGGCCAAUGGCACACUGGACUCCCAGAACAACAACAGCAACGCUACGCCUGCUCCCACUUGGGUCCACGAAAUCUUCCAGGGCACUCUGACCAAUGAGACGCGCUGCCUCACCUGUGAAACAAUAAGCAGCAAAGACGAGGACUUUCUGGACCUUUCCGUGGAUGUUGAACAGAAUACCUCCAUCACACACUGCCUCAGAGGCUUCAGUAACACAGAGACUCUGUGCAGUGAGUACAAAUACUACUGUGAAGAAUGUAGAAGCAAGCAGGAGGCACACAAAAGGAUGCGUGUAAAGAAGCUGCCGAUGAUCCUGGCACUGCACCUGAAGCGCUUUAAGUACAUGGAGCAGCUGCAGCGCUACACCAAGCUGUCCUAUCGUGUUGUCUUCCCCCUGGAGCUCCGCCUCUUCAACACCUCCGGAGAUGCCACCAAUCCUGAGAGGCUCUAUGACCUGGUUGCUGUGGUGGUGCAUUGUGGGAGUGGUCCUAACAGGGGUCACUACAUUGCCAUUGUGAAGAGUCAUGACUUCUGGUUGCUGUUUGACGAUGAUAUUGUAGAGAAAAUUGAUGCCCAGGCCAUAGAAGAAUUCUACGGUCUCACCUCUGAAAUCUCCAAGAACUCUGAGUCAGGCUACAUCCUCUUUUACCAGUCCAGAGACUAAAUGAGGAGCAGAGCAGCUUCAUGCAGCGACCAGGAAAAAAGCUGUGUUCCCUGUCUGUGGGGAGUAGUGGACCAUAAAUGCACCACAACAGCCUGCGUGGUGUCAUACCUGCCUGCACAGCUGUAAUUAAUACCUGUGCUUUUACGCGCACAGUACUGCAGCUCAGCCGUGGACAGUUCCCCUAAGCACCAGCUGCUCCUCCUGGCCAUGUCCCUCCUGCCCCCCACUCCCACCCCCCCUCCUUUUUUUUCUGGCUGGGUGCUGCCACCGCUGCUGCUGCUGCAGGGACAAUGAGCCGUGGCAAUGAUGAAUGAAAAUUGUUUUUAAAAAGACAUUGAAUGAGGGUUGUACAGAAGUUGGCUGGCUGUAUUGAGUGGCUUGCUGGUUUUUGCCUUGGGUGUGGGGUGAAUGGGUAUUUAAUAAUUCAUAUGAUGUAAUAUUGGCCUGGUGUCUUCACCCCCUCCUCACAGUGUAAUUCUGCAAUGGGAUUUACUUGGAGUGGAUCAUCUUUUGGUUUGUGGAGAGGAGAAGGAGGAGGAGGAAGAAGAUGUGGGGGUUUAUGAGUGUCUUAGAUGGGGCACACCAGGUUGUGUAUUUCUACAGUGUACAGAAUGGAAUUUGUAUAAAUAUUACUAGAAGAUAUUAUCAUUGGAAAAUGUUAGAGCUUAAGAUGUAUUAACACUAUGGUGCACUUUUGAUACCGUUUUGUAGGUGUUGGCAAGUUAAUGUGAGGGUUUGCUUGAAAAGGCCUGUUGUGAAGCGAUCAUUUUCUGUUUCAAAGAAAAAUAAAUAAAGCCAGUAAGAUUCAG